CGCCAAUUCUACAUAUGCGUGAGACGGAACGCGCCACCUCCUCCUGCCCUCUGAUGACGUCACGAAGCCUAUAUAAGCGGGCCCCGCGAUGCCCCGCUCCUUUUUUACUUACGCUAAUCAUACUUACUCGUAUAUCUAUUAUUGUAAAUAUUGGUCUAAAAAUACAAGUAUAAAAACGUUUUCGAGGUUUUAAUUAAAAUCCAAAAUAGGGAAAAGUUAGUUAGGACCUCCAUAUGUCUCGCUCAAUAGCGUGGACAUAAAAUUGGCGACCGUUUCAAGAGAACCGACCAGAAGGAAGAUUUGAGCAUCCCACCGGAAGCUCCACCGCCACGUGCCGAGGCCAGGUCACCUGGGUUCGAAGAGGACCACCACCGCUACGACCUGAGCUACGCGAACUGGGUCUACCGCAGCGACACCGCAGCGCAGCAAGCAAUAAAGCAACUCCAGACCGUCGUCCAGCCGGAGUCAGAAGCGACCAAACUACCACGUGUCACGUCGAGCCAAGCAGGCCUCCAGGCACUCAUCAUCGUGCCUCAAGCCAAGCCCCGCCCGUGGAGAAGAACGCGCCGCACGCCGUCGCCGUCGCCCGGAGUACUUCGGACGUUCGUCCGCCACGUGUCGGCCAAUCAAAGCUAAGUACCUAGCCCUAUCCUACCCUUUCACAUUGUAGUCCUACAUCACCUAUCCAUCACAUUCCUACUCUCCACGGUCUCAAUCUGUGUGAAGAGAGUAUUUUUUUUGCGUUAUUAAUGCUAUUGCGUCUCGGCGAUCAACCGCUUCUAAUUUUUGAGAUGCCUAUUGCAAACGCACGUACCUAUUUAAUCUAUGCUACCGCUUGCUAGCUACGAAGUUAGUAGAUACUACUUCGCUAUUUUAUUCAUAGUACCUAGGUUCCCUUUGUAGCCUAUGUCUACCUAUCUAUUCAUUUUAUAGGACCUACCUUAUUAUGAUCAUAGCUUGCAGCCGCACAAAUAGCAAAACAAAUAAUUGUUACCUUUAUUAACCUUUCUCCGCAAAUAACGCUGAAAUACUUACAUUUUAUUUAAUUGCCAUACGUUUCCCAUAACAAUUACAACAUAAAUCACUUGCUCAAACUCAUUAAGCUAUCAUAACAGCUUGCGAUCCCUUAAACAGUGCAAUACAAAUUAAUAUCCCACAAUUCAAUUAGUUAUUUUCUCAAUUCCAGUGCUCGUCUAGCGGCCGGCACACAACUGGCAAAAUAACAAACUGGUUCCCCCGCCGCGCCCGCCCCGCCUCGCUGUAGCUACCUGGGUAAUCAGUAACGUGGACGAGCGUAAGAUAACAGUUUUUUAUAACUAAUCAUCAUCAUCAUCAUCAGCUGCUUUCUUCUGUUUUGGUAGUUAGCUUGUGUAUUUUGUGUUCUAAUGUUGCAAGGUCACUUAAGGUGGUCUACUGUGGUUGCGUGUUGAUAAUUUCACAGUAUUUGGUCCGUGUUUCGUAUGUUUUAACAUUAAGUUUAAUUAAAUUACCUAUAUAAAACCAAGAAAUAUAACUGUUAUUCAUUCAAGAUGCUUAAAUUGGACGAUUUACUUACAAAGCGCAGUUCUAUAAAAGGCCGCGUUACAAAAUUUAGAAACUACUUAAACACUAUUUCUUCUACACCGAAGUUAAACUCUGUCCAAUUAAAUGAGCUUAAUGUUAGAACGGCGAAACAUGAACACUUGUUUAGUCAAUUUGAAGAGUUACAAACCGAAAUUGAAAUAGUGAAUUCAGCAACAAUUGAUUCCGAAUUGGCCGAGCGGGAAAUUAUUGAACAAGGUUUUGUGUCCUGUAUUGCAAUCGCACAAGAUAUAGCUAGUAAAAAUGCGUCAAAUAAUGAGCCAGAAAGUAAUAAAUUUGAGAGUAGUUCCUCUCAUUGUCAACAAUCGGAUCUACAGGGGUUUAAAUUACCACAGAUUCAAAUAGCUAAAUUUGAUGGUUCGUUUUAUAGAUGGCUUGAAUUUCGCGAUAUGUUUACGUCACUAAUACACAAAAACGACCGUAUUCAACCUGUGCAUAAAUUCCAUUAUUUGAAUUCCUACUUAGAAGGAGACGCUUCUCGAGUAAUUAGCAAUUUAGAAGUCUCGGAUUCAAACUAUUCAAAGGCAUGGAAUUUACUCACAGAGCGGUAUGAUAACAAAAGGCAGUUAGUUAAUAACCAUUUAAAUUCUUUAUUUAAUAUGGAGCCGAUAUCACGUGAAUCAGAAAAGGCACUUCGAUCACUAGUUGACAGUGUCAAUAAAAAUUUGCGAGCGUUAGCAAGUUUAGGACAGCCUACUGACCAGUGGGAUACGCUCAUUAUACAUAUGAUUUCAUCUAAAUUAGACGGCAAUACUAGCAUGAAAUGGGAGGAGUGCCGUAAUAACUUUGAAGAUAUGCCAACAUUGGAACAGUUUAGUAAAUUCCUAAAGGACAGGGCCGAUGUUCUAGAAACCUAUCACCAAAAUAAGUUGAUAAAAAAUAAUCGUAUCAGUCUCACUUCACCCUCAGUGAAGGUACAAGAUAGGCCGUGCUCAAAAUCAUUUUCCUGCACAACCGAGGAAAAAAACAACAGCAACAAAAAUAAUAACAGUCCGAAUAAAACAUGUGUCAUCUGCAAAGGCAGCCACAUAAUUUACGACUGCCCAGUAUUUCUAUCCAAAUCAAUUGAGCAACGCAUAUCUGAAGCUUCUAAGUUAAAGUUAUGCCUAAACUGUUUACGACCUGGACACAAAAGUUUUAGGUGCCUAAUGGGCACUUGUAGGCAUUGUAGAAAACGUCACAAUUCCUUAUUGCAUAGAGUCGUGAUUCCUUCGUCACAGGAAGGGUCCAAUUCCACCACUACCAUUACUCCAAACAAUGAAACGCAAACAAACUUAGCUGCCCAUCUUUCUUGCCAGCCCUCGAAUCAGGUUUAUCUUUCUACUGCGCAAAUCAAAAUAAUAAACCCAUCAAAUUUGAAAACUAUGACCGUUCGCGCCCUUUUAGAUAGCGGCAGCCAGUCCACUUUUAUUUCAAAGGCACUGAAGGACAAAUUAUGUCUCAAAGGUCAGCCUAUGGAUACUGUCAAGCUCAUAGGUAUAGGUAAAACGGAGUGCAGUUUUCUCGACGAACGCUGUACCAUCCAAAUCAAAUCCUUGCACACUAACUAUUCAGUUAGCAUGUCAUGCCCAGUGUUGCCAGAGCUCACGGGUAAUAUUCCUAAGAUUUUAGUAGACACAAAAUGCUUUAAUCUCCCAGCCAAUAUCAAAUUGGCAGAUCCUACUUUUAAUCAGCCGGCACCAAUCGAUGUUUUGAUAGGCGCAGAUUUAUUUUGGGAAAUAAUUACUAAUAAUCAAACGUCAUUGGGGAAAAAUAAACCCUGGUUACGUAGUUCGCUGUUCGGCUGGAUAGUUUCCGGUCCUAUCAUUUUGAGUAGCGAACCUAGCAAAGAACUUACAUGCAAUUUUUCACGCAAUGAAGUCGAAUCCCCUAUUAAUAGUUUAGACAACGAAUUAACUCGUUUCUGGGAGCUCGAACAGUUACCAAGCAAAUCGCUUUUAAGCGAAAAUGAGCAAUCAUGCGAAAAACACUUUUUACAACACACAACUCGAUUAUCCGACGGGCGAUUUUGUGUUCGCCUUCCACUAAAAGAUUCUCCUGACUGUUUAGGAGAUUCAUACCAAGUAGCAAAAAAAAGACUUCUUUACCUAGAAAAGCGAUUUAGAAAGCAACCGGUGCUUAAAAAGGCAUAUUGUGAUUUUAUACAAGAGUACACAACCAUGGGUCACUGUUCGGAGUUCAACGGAGUCAAACCUGAACCUUCGUUCUUUUUAUGUCACCAUGCAGUUUUUCGACUUAACAGCGAGAGCACCAAACUGAGGGUCGUCUUCGAUGGCUCUAAUCCCUCUUCAUCAGGCUUUUCCGUCAAUAAUUUGCAGCUAGUAGGCCCGAAUAUUCAGGAUUCUAUAUUCUCCAUACUGUUAAGAUUCCGUCAGCACAAAUACGUUCUUACUGGAGACAUAGAAAAAAUGUAUAGGCAAAUAAUGUGUCAUCCGGAUGAUAGGAAUCUUCAAAUGAUACUAUGGAGAGAAGACGAAUCGCUACCAAUUAAAAUGCUAAAGUUAAACACUGUGACAUACGGUUUUGCUAGCGCCAGUUACUUAAGUACAAGGUGUUUGUGGCAGCUUGGAGAAGAGUGCUCCGAUGACUUAGUCAAAACAAUUAUUCAGCAUGAUUUUCUUGUAGAUGAUUUAAUUACGGGUGCAGAUACUGAGGAACAGCUACUAUACAUAUUAGAGUCAGUAUCAGAAGCUUUAAGCAAAGGAUGUUUUCCUCUUCGAAAAUUCAGAUCAAACAACCCGUCUAUCUUUAAAUCUGCAAAUCUAGAUUUACAAAAAAAUCUCACCCUAAGUGAUUCAACCAGUGCUCUUGGCUUAGGGUGGAACCCUUCAUGUGAUAAUCUAUACUUUCCAGUCAACAGUCAAGAUAGCAAUGAUAGCGACAAAGUAGUAACUAAGAGACUAAUAUUGUCUCAGUCACUUAAAAUAUUUGAUGUACUAGGCAUUCUCUGUCCAUUUACUAUUCAAUCAAAAAUUUUAAUUCAAAAAUUGUGGAUACUAAAGCUUGACUGGAAUGAUCCAGUACCCAACGAACUUAAAAAAGAAUGGGAAAAAAUUAGGAAUGGUCUAUUGUAUCUUCAACAAAUAUCAGUCCCUCGACUUUCAUUAAUAGACUCCCCUGUUCAAAUUGAGCUGCACUCCUUUAGUGACGCCUCCAUGCUAGCUUAUGGAGCAUGUGUUUACUUACGAUCAGUGAAUGUCAGUGGGCAAGUAGUUGUUCGCUUGCUCUGUGCAAAGUCUAGAGUCUCACCAAUAAAGCAAUCCACAAUUCCGCGACUUGAGCUUUGUGGUGCUCUUCUAGCUGCAAGAUUAUGCCAAGCGGUCGUUGAAUCGCUACGAUUAUCCUUCACCAGGCUUGUUCAUUGGUGCGACUCCACAGUAGUCUUAGGAUGGCUCAAAACGAGUCCGAACAGUCUUAAAACCUUUGCCGCCAAUAGAGUAGCUGAAAUAAUAGAGAUUACUCAAUCUGAUGCCUGGCGUCAUGUUCCUACCGAUUCAAAUCCCGCGGAUCAUGUUUCAAGAGGGGUUUCUGCUAAGCAGCUGCAGAACUUGGAUCAGUGGUGGACAGGUCCAAGUUUUUUAACAGAGGCAGAAUCACAAUGGCCUCAACUCAAAAUUCCAAUCAAGACAGAAUUACCUGAAUUAAAAUCACAUGCUGUCAUUACAUCUGAUCCACCCGUAGUUGAUUUUGAACGAUUUUCAAAAUAUAGGCGUUUGGUACGUUCCUUUGCCUACGUUUUACGAUUUAUACAUAACAUAAAUAAAUCCAACUCCAAACUUUCCGGUGAUCUUAGCUUAGAAGAAUUAGAUAAGUCCUAUUUUGAACUUAUUAAAUUAUGUCAAAGUCAAAGCUUUCCAACGGAACUUAAUUCACUAAUGAAAAAACGGCCAUUAAGUUCAAGAAAUCGAAUCAUAAAUCUAAAUCCAUUCCUAGAUGAGAACGGCAUUCUAAGAGUAGGUGGUAGAUUGAAUCUUUCAACUUACGAAAACGAUAAAAAAAACCCGAUUCUGAUUUGUGCAAAACAUCAUUUCUGCAAAUUAAUUUUUGAACACAAGCAUAAUCAAGAAUUAAUGCAUGCUGGUCCUCAAGCGCUACUGUACGCAGUUAGGGAAAACUUAUGGCCGGUAAACGGACGAUUACUCGCUAGGCGCGUAGUAAAAGGCUGUGUCAAGUGCAGGCGACUUCAGGGUCAAACACUUCAUCCUCUAAUGGGAAACCUUCCCACGCAACGAGUCACGCCAGCAUUUCCGUUCGAAUCAGUGGGAAUAGAUUUUGCAGGCCCAUUUUCAAUACUUAGCAGGAAAGGACGAGGCGCAAAAACUUCUAAAUGUUACUUGUGCUUGUUUAUAUGUCUAAGAUUCAAAUGCAUUCAUUUAGAAGCUGUAAGCGAACUAUCAAAGGAAGCUUUUAUUUUAUCCCUUCGUCGUUUCAUUAGCCGUAGGGGGAAACCUCUAGAGAUUUUGUGUGACAAUGGAAGAAACUUUGUUGCUGCAUCCAAAGAAGUAGGUCAAUUUUUAAAGACAAAUUCAGCGCCCCUAUCUGACUUUGCAACCAAUGAAUCAAUAAAGUUCAAAUUUAUACCAGCUUACGCUCCACACUUUGCUGGUUACUGGGAAGCCGGCAUAAAAUCGGCUAAAUAUCACAUAAAAAGAGUCAUGGGAAACACUAAUUUAACUUUCGAAGAGCUAUGCACUCUCUUCGCACAAAUUGAGGCUAUCCUCAAUAGCCGACCCCUGUCUCCCAUGUCUUCCUCUCCUACAGAUCUCCUUUCUCUCUCCCCAGGGCAUUUCCUGAUUGGCCGACCACUAAGAUCACUGCCGUCCCCCUACGUGGAAGAACAAAACAUCAGUCCACUACGGCGCUACGCCAGACUCGAGCAGAUCCGCCAACACUUCUGGCAACGAUGGCAGCGAGAGUACAUCAGCGAACUACAGCAACGUUCCAAGUGGCGAACCAAUCACUCCAGCCUACAGAUCGGAGACCUUGUCCUGAUCCAAGAAGACAACACAUCACCUCUGAACUGGGCACUUGGCAGAGUGUCACGUCUCUAUCCCGGCGCUGAUGGCAUCUCUCGAGUCGCUGAUCUCGAGACUCUGAAGGGUCGCAUCCGAAGACCGUUUGCCAGACUCUGUCCACUCCCAAAGGGCGACGAUGACCAGAUUUCUUGAAGAACGAAUCUUCAAGCGCGGGGACUAUGUUCACGCCAAUUCUACAUAUGCGUGAGACGGAACGCGCCACCUCCUCCUGCCCUCUGAUGACGUCACGAAGCCUAUAUAAGCGGGCCCCGCGAUGCCCCGCUCCUUUUUUACUUACGCUAAUCAUACUUACUCGUAUAUCUAUUAUUGUAAAUAUUGGUCUAAAAAUACAAGUAUAAAAACGUUUUCGAGGUUUUAAUUAAAAUCCAAAAUAGGGAAAAGUUAGUUAGGACCUCCAUAUGUCUCGCU